CUGCCCACCCCACAGACUCACUCACUGCCGCACCACCACCCUUCGGUACUUGGCAAGGAAUCCGGGCAUGAUGGUGUGCCAUUCGGCCUGCACGGCCUGCACCAAGCAGCGGCCGUCAUACCAGCCCUGCUGCACCAGGUAGGCCUCCACCAACUCAAACGCACCGAAGAUCUUGUCCAAUGUGGUCGGCCUGGGCCGGGUGUCCGUCAUGGAUGAGGUGGGCGAUGCGUCACCGGCAUCGUCGUCAGGCGGUGAUGGGGUGUCGGGCGGCUUGUACACGUUGGGCAGGCCCGCCUUGAAGUUGAAAUACGCUGCAACAGCGAAGGCACAGGAGAUGAGCCAGCGGCGUCCCUUCCCUCCCCUCCCUCCCCUCCCCUCCCCCUCUCUCUCACCCUGUCGUUUGUCCUCUUUGACGAAUGUGAGCCAUCCGAUAAUAUUCUCAAACACUCCCUCUAUGUCCUGCAUGACAGACAGACAGAAGAAUGCAUCCACACAUGCCGUACAGAAACACAGACACACAGACACUGUCUGUCGAGGGUACCUCUUGUGUCAUGGUCGUGAGCUCCUCCAGGCCCGGCACACGCAGCGGGGCGUCGAAUCUGCCCUGCCACGCCGUGUGGACCUUCUUCCAGCGAUUGGCGUCACGAGUGGCCGCCAGCUUCUCAGCUAUGUUGAUGCCGUCCUCAUCAUCCUCGCUCUCGUCACCAACACCGUCAGCCAACCGCACAUCUACCGACACGUCCUCUCCUGUCAGCGGGCGGAGGGACGCACUGGCCGAUGGAAGCACCGGGGGGCGUGUCACCGCAGCACCGGACGCAUCAGGCAUCGCCUCGGCAGCCGAAGCGGCCAUCUCUACGUCAACUCCGCUUGGAUCUCGGUCUUCCAAACCGAUGGCGUCGUCAUGAAGGCUCUCUCCAUCCAUUCUAAAGGCUUCUUCGCUACGAUAUCUCUG